GGCAGGAACAAGGAAAUGACAUCCACCUCCCUGCCCUGGUCCGUUUCCGGAACGCAGGUUCCGGAGUCUGCAGGCGCGGGGGGGACGAGAAAGCGACGGACACAGGGCCGGGCGGUUGCUUGGUAACGCCGGCCAGAGGCGUUCCGGUGUACUACGGUCCGGGACCGACAAGUGACACCGGCCCAUUCUCUGCGUGCCGGCGUCCUGUCCCCGCGGCUUGGCGGGCUAGGGCCGGGGAGAUGUUGCAGGAGGAGUCGGAUCUGUCUCUCAUCAUUGCCCAGAUAGUGCAGAAGCUCAAGGGCUCCAAUCUGUACGCUCAGCUGGAACGGCAGGCCUGGGCCAGUCUUCAAAGACCUGAAAUUAAACUUGAAUCACUAAAAGAAGAUAUUAAGGAAUUCUUCAAAAUAUCAGGCUGGGAGAAGAAACUUCAGAAUGCAGUUUAUAGUGAACUGAGUGUGUAUCCUUUACCUAAUCAUCCUGCUGCACCUCCUGAGCAUCUUAAAGAGCCUUUGGUAUACAUGAGAAAAGCACAGGGAAGUUGGGAAAAAAGAAUUUUGAAGAGUCUAAAUAGUAUGUGCACUGAGCUGAGUAUCCCAUUGGCACGAAAGAGGCCAGUUGUAGAACAGAAAGAACUUCUCAAUAAAUGGAACGAAAUGGGAACCGAUGAACCAGACUUAAGCCUUUUUCGACCUGUUUAUGCACCUAAGGAUUUUCUUGAGGUGUUAAUUAAUCUUCGCAACCCAAAUUAUGAAAAUGGUGAUUCUCUUAGUUUCAGGACUCAUUUGGGUUUAAUCCAAGUUCCUCUAAAAGUAAAAGACAUCCCUGAAUUGAAAGAAUGCUUCAUAGAACUUGGCUUAAAUACAGGACAAUUGGGGAUAGAUGAUUCUACACAAGUGCCUCCUGAACUCUUUGAAAAUGAGCAUGUGCGUAUCGGGCAGAAAGUUCUAGCAGAACAGGAUAGUGCUGCUGCUCAGCAGUAUGUCAGACAAGGAAGCCCCACAGCACUGAGAGCUGAGCUGUGGGCUCUCAUUUUGAAUAUUUCCAGUCAACCUGAGGAUGUCUUGUAUUAUGAGCAGCUUAAGACCAAUGUGAUACAACAUGACCUUUUGGUGGACAGUUUAAUAUAUAAAGAUGUGAAGUUGACAGCAAGCAAUGAUGAUUAUUAUUUUGUAUUUGAAGAUUAUUUAUAUCAGGUAUUACUUUGUUUUUCCCGGGAUACUUCUGUACUCAGUCACUUUGCAUACAACAGUGCUUCACCACCGAAAUCUUACAUAAGAGGAAAACUAGGAUUAGAAGACUAUGCUGUUUUUUAUCCACCAAAUGGUGUAAUACCUUUUCAUGGAUUUUCCAUGUAUGUUGCACCACUUUGUUUUCUAUACCAUGAACCUUACAAAUUGUAUCAGAUAUUCCGUGAGAUGUAUGUGCGUUUCUUCUUCAGACUCCAUUCCAUCUCUUCUCAUCCUUCUGGCAUUGUAUCACUCUGUUUGCUGUUUGAAACCCUUCUUCAAACUUAUCUCCCCCAACUCUUUUAUCAUCUACGAGAAAUUGGGGCUCAACC